AUUUUGUUUUGAAGUUUUCAUGUUUUCUAACCUAAUUGUAAACAAAACUAAUAAUUUCUAAUAUUUUAAUCGUUUUCAGUGUUUUUUAAUAGAGUUUAAUGUAAUUAAUUCAAUAUUUGUCUUUAUUAAUAUUUAUUUUUAAUUUUGGCUCGUUUUAAUACCAAAAAACCACCAUGGAUCAAAUGCUUCCGAGUCCUGGCUUCAGUAUUCCCAGUAUUGGUACUCCAUUACAUCAGUUAGAAGAAGACCAACAAAUCCUUCCAAAUGCAUUACAGCAGCAACAGCAACCAAUAACAAGUCAGGUGCCCCCUUUGGCCCCAAUGGGUGGGCUAACGCCCACUUUAAGUUUGGGCAUGGGUAAUGCCAUUGCAAUGCCCCAUACAAAAUAUGUGACUGGUUUCAGUAUGCCUAUGGGGGGUAAUAAUAGUGGAAUGACCCCACAGACACCUCAACAUUCAAUGAUGACUUCGAUGGUAAAUUUGGGGGGUACAGGGGGUAGUACCCCCAGUAUGACCCCCAUAGUGGGAGGGCCUUCGACUCCAAGCCCGAUGACCCCCAUGACGCCCCAUUCUGCUGAUCCUGGAAUCGUACCUCAAUUACAAAACAUCGUAUCCACAGUUAACCUAAACUGCAAACUGGACCUGAAAAAAAUCGCUUUACAUGCCAGAAAUGCCGAGUACAACCCGAAACGUUUCGCCGCCGUCAUAAUGCGAAUAAGGGAACCCCGAACCACGGCCCUGAUUUUCAGUUCCGGCAAAAUGGUGUGCACCGGAGCCAAAAGCGAAGAAGAUUCCAGAUUAGCUGCCCGAAAAUACGCUCGGAUCAUCCAGAAGUUGGGAUUCAACGCAAAGUUUCUGGAUUUCAAAAUACAGAACAUGGUCGGCAGUUGUGACGUAAAAUUCCCGAUCCGUUUGGAAGGUUUAGUGCUGACUCACAGCUCUUUCAGCUCGUAUGAGCCUGAAUUAUUUCCUGGAUUAAUUUACAGGAUGGUCAAGCCUAGGAUUGUUUUGUUGAUUUUCGUUUCCGGAAAAGUCGUGCUAACUGGAGCGAAAGUCAGGCAGGAGAUUUAUGAGGCCUUUGAUAAUAUUUAUCCGAUACUUAAGAGUUUUAAGAAGCAGUGAAUUUAGGAUUUUUAGAGAUUUUUUUAUUGUUAUAUUGGCCAUAUUGGCCCUUUGUAAAUUAAUUAUUUCUUACUUGUCUGUAUUGUUUUUAAUUGUCGUAUUAAUUGUGAAACUAAUUAUUUUGUUAAUAUAUUUUCCUUGUCGCAUGAAUUUUCUUUAUUUUUUCCCGGUAUAUCCUCUCAAUU